CAGUGUUAGUCCCCUGUCACUGAUUCCUCAACCCUGUUAUGUUCUGGUUCACCUAAGUGAUAAAUGGCCCCUUUGUUCUGCUUUUGGUAUUAAAAAGAAGAAGAACAAGAACAAGAAGAAAGAAUCAGAUCUAGAUUAAGCAGGGACAGAGACCCAUUUCAUUGCACAGUACUUUAAUAUUCCUGAGAUCCCUGGCAUGACAGGGCGACUCCUCUUAGCAGCAGUCUCUCCCCGGAGCAGGGCUCUGUGCUGCCUUUGUUUCAUCUGAUCUUCUAGCUGAAUAAGAGAUGGUCAUUUAUCCUCAGUGCUCCCGUAUCCUGCUGGAUUUCUAUUUCAGAAAGAGAAACUGACCAGGAGAAGGAAAAAGGUGGAAGCUGAUUUGGACAGUGUUGUUCAGUGUGUGUUUACAGGCAGGACUGACUUACUCAGCAAAUCCUGCUCUGAUGAGCUCCAGCCAAUGAAGUGCUUAUAUCCUGGCUUGCUUGGGGGCUUCUGAGUUUGAGCUGCAUGCAGAAAUGUAAGCAGCUCUUCCUGGUGCUGAUGGCAAAAUGGGGUCCACUGCCAGUUCUUCCUCAGGCUUCCUGGCUUUGCAGAUCUGGGAGAGAUCCUACAUAAACCUAUCGGUGAUGUAGCCUGCCUGGAAAGCCAAAAGAAUCCUCAUGGAUUCAGGAAACUGGUUUUUGAUUUAGAAUUAUUUUUUUUUCUGGAAGAUGAAAUGCUUUUCUCGUUACCUGCCUUACAUCUUCCGACCUCCGAACACCAUCCUCUCUUCCAGCUGCCACACAGAAGGUUUCUCCACUCUUUUGGAAUGUUCUGACAUUAUCUCUACGGUAGAAUUCAACCACACAGGAGAAUUACUAGCGACAGGGGACAAGGGGGGUCGGGUUGUAAUAUUUCAACGAGAGCAGGAGAGUAAAAAUCAGCUUCAUCGAAGGGGUGAAUACAAUGUUUACAGCACAUUCCAGAGCCAUGAGCCCGAAUUCGAUUACCUGAAGAGUUUAGAGAUUGAAGAAAAGAUUAAUAAGAUCAGAUGGCUUCCACAGCAGAAUGCAGCCUACUUUCUCCUUUCCACUAAUGAUAAAACUGUGAAGCUCUGGAAAGUCAGUGAGAGAGAUAAGAGACCAGAAGGCUACAAUCUGAAAGAUGAAGAUGGCCGGCUCCGGGAUCCUGCCACCAUUACCACACUGCGGGUUCCUGUGCUGAGACCCAUGGACUUGAUGGUGGAGGCCACACCCAGAAGAGUAUUUGCCAAUGCACACACAUAUCACAUCAACUCCAUAUCAGUCAACAGUGAUUAUGAGACCUACAUGUCAGCAGAUGACCUGCGGAUAAACUUAUGGAACUUUGAAAUAACCAAUCAAAGUUUUAAUAUCGUGGACAUUAAGCCAGCCAACAUGGAGGAACUCACAGAGGUCAUUACGGCGGCAGAAUUCCACCCACUCCACUGCAACACCUUUGUAUACAGCAGCAGUAAAGGGACAAUCCGGCUGUGUGACAUGAGGGCAUCAGCCCUUUGUGACAGGCACACAAAAUUUUUUGAGGAGCCAGAAGAUCCAAGCAACAGGUCAUUUUUUUCUGAAAUCAUCUCUUCAAUUUCUGAUGUGAAGUUCAGUCACAGCGGAAGGUACAUUAUGACCAGGGAUUAUCUGACGGUCAAAGUCUGGGACCUCAACAUGGAAAAUCGGCCUAUUGAGACUUACCAGGUUCAUGACUACCUCCGCAGCAAGUUGUGUUCUCUCUAUGAAAAUGAUUGCAUUUUUGAUAAAUUUGAAUGUGUGUGGAAUGGGUCAGACAGUGUCAUCAUGACCGGCUCCUACAACAACUUCUUCAGGAUGUUUGACCGCAAUACCAAGCGUGAUGUCACCCUGGAGGCUUCCAGGGAAAACAGCAAGCCCAGGGCCAUCUUGAAACCCCGAAAAGUGUGUGUAGGUGGCAAACGGAGAAAAGAUGAGAUCAGUGUGGACAGUCUGGACUUUAGCAAAAAGAUCUUACAUACAGCUUGGCAUCCUUCAGAAAAUAUUAUAGCAGUGGCGGCUACAAAUAACCUAUAUAUAUUCCAGGACAAGGUUAACUAGGAGGACAAGUUAUACUUAAUAAGCUCACAUACUGAAUACUAGUCAAACAAGUUUUUAAAUGUUUCUUUGGGUUUUCAUUUUAUUCAUUGACUUUAAUUUUCCUAUGCAGGAAACAAUUGGAAUAGAAGAAAAACAGUCCAAAGGCCCCCAGCUCCCCCAAUUUUAAGAAACUGUUGGCAAAUCCAACAAAUAGGUUCAGAAUACUUUUGUUUAGAAUCGAGAGCUGCCAGGUAACCAGAACCCUUCCAUAGUUGACUUGAAUUUCUGAUGCUUUUAUUACCCAGUUCUCUCUGGUGAGUCCAGUGUUUUGUUUCUAGGUGUCUGAUGAGGUGAAAUGAGAUUGUCUGUAGUAUUUAAGGGGGGAGGGGGAAGAUAAGAUUUUUUUUUUAAUUAAGCAAUUCCAUUUGAUUGAAAAAUAAACACUGUUUACUCUACUUUUGGAUAAAAAUCUGUUUGCUUCCUGGAAAACCAGAAUUGCUUUUCCCCUUCAUUUUAAAAAAUUCUUUUUGUCGUUGUUGUUGCUGCUGUUCCAAAUAAUUUUUUUUUACCUCUUAUGAAGCUGUAAGGGCAGAAAUCCAGAGCCAAGGUUAGUCUGGUUAAAAGUUGUAUGCACACCACAGCUUGCUACAUUUCUUUGUUAAAAUCCCAGGCAGAGAAUUUGGCUCUAGACACGCUUUGGGGUUUGGGUUAAGAAAACACUUAAACAGAGCUUCUAAAAGUCUGCCAUCACCAAUUUAGAUGGGCCUAGACUCCUUUCUCUGUUUUCUUUCAUUUUACUUUUCUCUUUGUUUGCCUCUUUAAGUAUUUAUUUAUUUAUUUCCUUAGUUAUUCAUUUAAUGAAAGCCUAAAAGACUGAAGAGGUUGUUACUUAUAUUUUGACAUUCCAAAUGAGGGAGCACCCUUUACCAGAGCCCUCCAAAUUGGAAACAGACACCCAGGAAUCCCUCUCAUUCCUUUUUUCCCCUCUCCUCCUCUCCCCCCACCCCCCACCACAUUAUCGCCAACAGGGUAACAAAGCCCAGUUCCAUUAUUGCUGGAACAAUAUUAAUCACUUUUUAAAUUCCAUUUUCUGAAAGCUAAUUGGAAUUUGCAACAACCCCAAAGCUCACCCUUUUUGUUUCCAAGGUGAAAACCCACGAGGUUGGGCAACUUCUCCUAGUGUGGAAAUUGUGCAUGAAAGGAACAAAUCAUCUGUGAGAGCCACUAGAACCUGCUGAGGCUCAGUCUAAUCCCUCAAUGCCUCCUCCCCAAUUGGGGUUUCUGACGUGUGACACUUCCUGAGAAAUGCCACUGAUAUUCCCCCUAAAGUACCUCAGGGAGUAAGACUCAAUGAAUUCAAAGGAUUUCUGGCUUCUGGGAGAAUUCCCACAAACCAGGGCCUGGAUUUCACAUCUUAGUAGCUGCAGUUUUUGCUCAGGUGCUGGCCACUCACUCAACCUUUCAUAGCCCAUCUAACCUGCCACUUGAGGAAAGACAGGUGGCUCAGGACAAAGCUCAUGGGCUGCCAUCUUUAAAGGCGGGGUUUCCUUGGUUUGUGGCUUUAUAUAGAGCCAGAACAUCAUCACUUUCAGGGUUGACAUUGGAGGCCAUGUGCCAGGGCUGGGGAAGAAGGGGAAUUAGCAGGAGUCCAUCCUAUUUUCCCAGCGUCUUUUUGUUUUCCCUUGUAUCAAAAGCCUGUUCUGUAACACCCCAAGUAAAAUUCUCAGUUGUCCUCUUGA